CAGGGUGCCGCGGGACGGCAGUGCCUUACCGGGCGCCGCGCUCGCCGCCCGCUCGUCCGCCGCCGCCGCUACACCGACACACCAUGGGCUGCGGGGACACCUUCUGCAGCCAGGAGAAGGCUUUCAUCUUCAUCAAUAUUGCAUUCGCGAUGUACUCGGGCGCGCUGCUGGCCACGGCGGCGCGGCUGGCGUGGGACCCCAGCACGUACGCGUGGCUGCGCUUCCUGUGCGCGGCGCAGUACCGCGUGUCGGCGGGCUACGUGCUGGCGGCGGGCGCCUGGCUGGCAGGGCUGGUGUACCUGGCCGCCGCCGCCGCCGCCGCGCGCCGCCCGCCCCGCCGCCGCCGCCGCACCGCCGCGCACUGCUUGCACCUCUACGUGGUGGGCGUGGUGAGCCUGUUCGUGAGCGAGGUGGCGUACGGCGCGUGGAUGGCGGCGUCUCUGGCGGCGUGGUGGCGAAGCAGCGCGCAGGCGCAGCUGGCCCGGCGCGCCGCCGACCUCGUGCACGACCUCAAGCCCGCGCUGCUGGCCAUGGAGCGCUACCGCGACCUCGCGCACCCGCUCUACGACAUGAUCGAGGAAAUGGAGCAACAAGCGCCAAAUAACGUGUACGUGAUCGUCGUGUUUGCACUCAUCGGCUUCGUACUACAGAUCGCGGCGGUGGUGAUGGCGCGGCGGCUGGCGCGGCGCGACCCGCAGCUGGCGGAGGACGAGGAGGGGGAGAAGUGCGCGGCGGAGGGGGGCGCGGGGGCCGCGGGGGAGAAGGCGCUGUGCGCGGGGGGAGGGAAGCACGACGCGUGCUGCGACGAGCUGAGCGAGCCGGAGCGCCCCGUCGGCUGGCGCAAGACCGCCAACCUGCGCAUGUACACCAUACUCGACAAGAUUUUCUAGCAGGAAGCCCCGCCGGGGGGCGGGGGUGGCGGCGGGGGUGCGGGCGCGGGGGCGGACGACGACAAGGUGGAACUGCAGGAGCGCUGGCAUGCCGUGGCGGCGCAGCUGGCGGCGCGCGCGCCCCCCGCGCCCUCCGCACCCCCGCGCCACCUUGUGCACCUCGAGCCCUAGCCCCCGCGCGCCCCGCCCCCCGCGCCCCCGCCUCGUCUUCCACCGACUGCCAGUGAUACACUCCCCCUCCUCUCGUAUUAGUUACUAAAUAAAUACAUAUAUUUUUAAAGCGUAUCGAUAUCGCUUAACUGAUGCCAUACACGUAGGUUACGAAUAAGAGAGAUGUAUUGUUUAAAUAUAAAAAUACGAUUAUUAUAGAAUGUUCAUAGGGUAAGUUAGUCAUAUCACAAGUUCUGUACUGUACGUUGUAGGUACACUGUUGGAUGCAACUCUGCCAUGGUUAGGUUACAUUUGUUUGGGAUGUUCAAAGACUUCUUGCCUUCUAGAGACGAAGACGUUGACUGCCAGAUUGAGACGUCGGGUGCUAUAUCUAUAUAGAGACUAUAGACCUAUAGUAGUACGUACUGCUCGUUUAUAUUAAAACUUUUUAUAAAGUGAUUCCAUUAUGCUGUGAUUUGCUUUUUAAUUCAAGACUAUGAAGAAUUUAUCAUGUAUCUAUAGACUGUACGAUAAUUGUUUGUAUGUUAUUGUGUUUAUCAGUGUAACGUAUGGGUUAUUUUUUGAAUAUUCGGUGCCAAAUAGUGUUUAAGAGUUUAAAUAAAGUUAGAAUACAAUCAUGUGUAACAUUGGACAUCCAAGUUGGUUUUUGGCAAUUAGUUAUUAUGAUGAAAAAUCUUAUUUACAGUAUAAAAUAAACGCAAAUUGAACAUGUUCAAUGAGCAUAAUGUAACUUGGUUACAAUUUCAAAAUAGAAUACACGUGCAAAAGUUAACUUUAUUACAAGGCGCAAGGUAAACCUUCUUGUAAGUUGAAUACCUCGAUGACAUCGUAGUUGGUUGUUUGAGACGGUAGAUGUAGUUUAGUUGAAUGUUAUUAACUCUGUAACUAGAUGAUAUAACGCGAACGCACAAACACCGCGAUCUGACGAAUAAACAUGUUCAACACUUAGGAUAAAAAAAAUAUAGAGCAAAAAAUUUUAAAGCAAUAAAGUGAUAUUUUUAUA